AAAGUUUACCGGAAUUUGUGGUCCUCACCCAAAACCGGCCGGUCGCCACAUAGACCGCGUUCUACGUUCCUUUACCGAUCUAGAUCCCUUGUUGGGUCUCGAAGUAUAUCCCAGCAUACUAUACCGUUUCGUCCUUUCCCGCACCAGUCAUGAGCACCUUUACGAGGCCACACAGACCGGAUAUACCCUCAGAAUUUCGCUCCUUUGCUUACAAAAGAUGCGGGCUAUGGGAUUUGCGGAUUCUUGAAAGAUACGCAGUUCGACUAUCCACGUACCUACUUACUAUGGAGUACGCUACGCCAACAGCGCUAUUCAACUUUUUCGAUUCUUGUUCCUUUCUAUUCAGCGAGCGCGAGGGCUCGGCCCGUUUUACGUUAUUGCUGCUUCUUUUUCACACCUUUUUCUCUCUUCUUCUUUUUUCCGUUUCCCUUCUUGUAUACAUUUUGCUAUAUAGCAGGGAGCGUGGUUUCUCCCUUCUUUUUCUGCCCCUUUUCAACUUUUUGGAUUUGAGGGACCCCAGCAAGCAAGCGUACUACUGUAUUACCCAGUAAUGUAAUUGGAUCAGGGAUGGGGGAAAAGAUGCGAUCGAUACCUAUUCUCUACAACUUCCUCUCUUUCACUCACACUCUCCCUCGCUGCAGCGACGUCUGCACCUCCUUUUCCCCCCGAGUCCGGCCGCACACAAUCGCCAAUGGAUGAGUACCCACUGUUGGUUGGAU